AUUUGUAUUGUUUUGUUUGAUUUCUUUUCUUUUCAUGGUUUUUUGCUUUUCGAAAUGCGGCAUUUUUCAAAAAAAAAAACGUGACUUUUGGUUGAAUGUUGCUUUUUUACCAACAACAGUGUCGUGUUUUACUCAAUCUACGCACUUCUCAGCCAUUUGAAGAAGUACUGGAAGAUUUGGGUCAAGUACUGAAAAUUAAUGGCGCCAAGAAAAUGUAUACGGGCACAGGACAAGAGGUACGCAGUUUCUCCCAAUUGCGCAAUGAAUUUGCCGAUGUGGAUACUUUUUAUUUGGCCACUGGUACUGCUCUAAUUGCCGGCUCUCCUAUAAGACGUUCAAGGUCCAGGCCCUCGGUAAUGGCGGCCGCUCCUAUUUUACCAACAGAAGAUCUUCCAAAGGUUCCUUUACGUGGUGCUAGACCACGCAGUAAAAGUCGUCCUCGCAUAUUAUAUGCUCCUGAAAGUGAAAUAUUACGCACAAAUGGUGAAUACACCAUGUUGGAUAUGAUGAAAGAGGAUCCCACCAAAGUGACUAUAAGGGGUCUACGAAGAACAUUCUAUCCACCAGCACAUCAUGCACCAGCUGAUAAUACACCACCAGAUAAGAAACUACAAUUACAGUGGGUUCAUGGCUAUCGCGGCAUAGAUGCCCGUCGCAAUUUAUGGGUUUUACCUUCAGGCGAACUUUUAUAUUAUGUGGCCGCAGUGGCAGUUUUACUAGAUCGUGACGAAGAUGCCCAGCGCCAUUAUACCGGACAUACAGAAGAUAUUAUGUGCAUGGACGUUCAUCCUUCCCGUGAACUGGUGGCAUCGGGUCAAAAAGCCGGUCGAGAUCGUAAAUCGCAAGCUCAUGUACGUAUAUGGAGUACAGAAUCUUUGCAAACUUUAUAUGUUUUCGGAAUGGGAGAGUUAGAUACGGGAGUAACAGCAGUAGCCUUUUCGCAAUUAAAUGGAGGCAGUUAUAUUUUGGCAGUAGACAGUGGGCGUGAAAGUAUACUCUCGGUAUGGCAGUGGCAAUGGGGACAUCUAUUGGGCAAAGUGGCGACCUUACAAGAGGGCCUUUCUGGUGCUGCCUUUCAUCCUCUCGAUGAUAAUCUUAUAAUUACUCAUGGUCGCGGUCAUUUGGCCUUCUGGCAUCGUCGUAAAGAUGGUUUCUUUGAACGUACCGAUAUUGUUAAGCAGCCCUCACGAUCUCAUGUCACUAGUGUACAAUUUGAACCGGAUGGUGAUGUUAUAACAGCAGACUCGGAUGGUUUUAUUACCAUCUACUCGGUGGACUCGGAUGGUGCCUAUUUUGUGCGCACCGAAUUUGAGGCUCAUACCAAGGGUAUUGGCUGUCUGAUAAUGCUGGGCGAGGGCACUUUGCUGUCGGGUGGUGAGAAGGAUAGAAAGAUAGCUGCCUGGGAUUCUUUGCAGAAUUAUAAGAAAAUAGCAGAUACUAAGCUACCCGAAUCCGCUGGCGGAGUACGCACUAUAUAUCCCCAACGUCCUGGGCGCAAUGAUGGCAAUAUCUAUGUGGGCACCACCCGCAAUAACAUUUUGGAGGGUUCUCUCCAAAGACGUUUUACACAAGUUGUUUUUGGUCAUGGCCGCCAGCUGUGGGGUUUGGCUGCCCAUCCCGAGGAUGAUUUAUAUGCUACCGCGGGUCAUGAUAAACAUAUUGCUCUGUGGCGCAAGAGUAAACUUAUAUGGACCAUACAGACGGGCUAUGAAUGUGUCUCUUUGGCAUUUCAUCCCUUUGGUACGGCCCUGGCUGCUGGCAGCACUGAGGGUCAUUUGUUAGUUAUUAAUUGUGAGAAUGGCGCGGUGAUGCUGACGCUGAGAGUGUGUGGUUCGCCUAUUAAUUGUGUGGCCUUUAAUCAGGUUGGCGAUAUGAUUGCCAUGGGUUCCCAAAAUGGCAGCAUUUAUUUAUUCCGUGUUUCGCGCGAUGGUUUCUCCUACAAAAAGGUCAACAAAAUACGCGGUUCCCAACCACUCACCCAUUUAGAUUGGAGCAUGGAUGGCAAUUUUGUACAGACAGUAACCAUAGAUUUUGAUUUACUUUUCUGGGAUGCCAAAUCCCUUAGUCCCGAACGUAGUCCCAUAGCGAUGAAAGAUGUCAAAUGGUUGACAAGUAAUUGUACGGUGGGCUUCCUAGUGGCCGGACAAUGGAGUAAUCGUUAUUACAGUAAUAGCAAUACUAUAAUAGCCACCUGUAGUCGUUCGGCGGCACAGGAUAUGUUGGUUUCUGGCGAUGCUGAUGGUUAUAUACGUUUAUUUAGAUAUCCUUGCAUAAGUCCUCGUGCUGAAUUCCACGAGGCCAAAGUCUAUUCGGGCAUGGUGGCCUGUGCUCGUUUCUUGUUUGGUGAUCAAACUAUUGUUACUGUGGGUGGCACCGAUGCCUCUUUGAUGGUUUGGGAUUUGGUUGAAGAAUAGCUGAAAUGGCCACCAUGGCGUACAACUGUACAGUAUGAGUCCCGCUAUUCCGACUACUGGCGUCGUCGCACCUCCAAACAAUCCUCCACCAAUUUGGAUAGUGAUUCUUUGGAAUACCAGUAGUAGCCAUAGCCCCACAGCAACAAGAAGAAAAACCUCGUAUUGCAUUUUUUUAUUUAAAAACAACUAGACAAGAGGCUUUUUUAAAAGUAGUUUGAAAUUUGACAAAAAAACAACUUCCAAUUUAUAAAAAAAAAAAACUAUAUUUUGGAUAGAAAAUUUUACAAAAAAUAGAUAAAAAGAAAUUUUAAGAAUUUUAUGUUAAUUAUUGGUCUUCCUUUUUAUUUUCUUACAAGUCAAAAAAAGGCUUCCAAAUUCUCUAGCUUUUUUCUUUAGUUAAAUUUACGUCUUUUCUUCUGAUACUCUACUCCUCCUACUUUACAGACUAUAAGCCACUGGUGGACUUAAUCCUAACUUUAUAAACUAUCUUAAACUUACUCAGUAAUAAAUCUAAAAACUAUUUUUUAGACAUUUUUCAUUUAUACAUUUUUCAUUUUUCCCUUUUAGUUUUCGUUUCAUUUGUUAAAACAUAAAAACCAAUAAAAAUUAACAAAAUGUCCAUUUUAACAUCAAAUUUCAAUAUAGUUUUAAAUAAAAACAAAUUCCCAUUAAAAAUUGUAGUUGAAAUAAAACAACAAAAACACAAAGUGCACUUAAAUCAUUGAAUCCUUAAAAAAAAACAUUAAUAAAAAACUAUUAAUAACUUUUAAAUUUAAGUAACAAAUAAAUAAACUAAAAACAU